AUGGAAAUUGAUUUUGCUCCCUUACAUAAUCCAACAUUAUUUGGUUCAUUAUCUGUCUCACCACCAGCAUCAAUGUUCGAUUCAUUAUCACCAUUAUUACAAUUAAAUGAUGAUUUUCUUGAUAUAUUAAAUCCAACAAAUGAUAGUAUUGAUGAUGAUGAUCUUGAAGAUUGGAUGAAACCAUUAUUAUUUGAUCAAUUAUUUGAACAUGAAUUACAACAAAAUCUUUUUAAUUUAAAUGAUAUUGAUAUAAAACAAGAAGAUGAAAAAACAAAAUUUAAUAAUUAUUCAGUUAUUUUAUCAGAUAAAUUAAAUAAUUAUUCUCAAUCGCAGCAAAUCAAUCGAGAGAAUGAAUUUCUUGAUUUUUUUUCUCAUAAAACUUCUGAACAACAAUUACCAUCAACAACAACGACAACAGUUCGUUUAAUACAUCAACCUAAAAUUGAACCAUCUGAAAUGCCAACAACAUUAUAUGUUAGUGGUAAUGAAUAUCAAUUUCAUCCAAUUGUUACAACAAAUAAUAAUAGUAAUAAUAAUAAUGGAAAAACAAUCGGUCAUACUUAUACAACAACAACAUCAUCACCAAUCCCGUCAGUACCAAUCGUACCAGCACGAGUAUUAAAAGGAAAAAAAUUCAAACGUGGUGGUCGAGUUACUUCUCGAGCGACGUCAAGAAACAGUGCAGCUUCUAAACGACGAUUAAAUUCGACAGCAGCAGAACCUAAAGCCAGUGUUGUUAUAAUUGCUGAAGAUGCUACUCGAAUUGAUUCUAAGACAACUACAUUAGGAUUAAGUUCAACUAGUAAUAGUGAUACAGAUCUAUUAAAAUCUUCUCCAACAACUUCAACACGUUCAUCAACACGUCGUCGUGUUAAAUCAUCACCACGUGAAGUGAUUCUAUUUCGUAAUGGUACAUUUGUAUCCAAAGAACCUAUCUCAAAACAACAACAAACAUCAACAACAUUAUGUUUUGAAACUACAACAACAUCAAAUAAUAAUUGUCCACCACAACCUCCACCAUUACAUCAACAACAAAUAACAGCAACUGGUUUACAAGCUGCUGCACAAAUUGUUGCUUGUAAUGUUCUCCGACAAGCAACAUUAAACGAUGCUUUGAUCGAACAAUUGAUUAAACGUGAACCAUCAAAUGCAGAUGAUGAUAUUCCAAUAUAUUGUUAUUCAAGUCCAUCAUUAUCCUCAUCAUCCUGUACAAUGACAACAGCACUGGAUGAAUAUGAAAAUAGUUGUUCAACAACCUUGAAAAUUCUUGGUUGCAAUACAACAGCACCAAUGCCACCAACAAAUACAACUACAACAACAACAAUUGAAUUACUUACAUUUGCUGCUUUACAACAGCAGCAACACCAAUAUCAUCAACAACAACAAUUUUGUUAUAUUAAACAAGAACCAAUAACAACUACAACAACAACAACUACGUUUCUACUACCACGUUUACUUCCACAGUGA